GUGAAAAGGCCAAUGAACGCAUUCAUGAUUUGGUCAAAGAUAGAACGCAGGAAGUUGACUGAAUCUGAUCCUGGCUUGCACAAUGCAGAAAUUAGCAAGCGAUUAGGAAAAUCAUGGAGAAUGUUGUCAGAUGCUGAGCGCCAACCUUACAUUGAUGAGGCUAUACGUUUGAAAAAUUUUCACGCUAAACAAUUUUUAGGGUACAAAUAUCGUCCUAAAAAAAAG